GCUUUUGGAUAGACGUAGGCUACGUCCCCGACUCUCACAACGAUAUAAUAGGCCUUAAACAUCACGCAAAUGAAUGAAUUGCUCCGACGACAAGGAGAGUGUGUGUUUUGGUUAGCCUACGCAACUUCAAAACGAAGAGAUUCAUUUUAGGCUUCAUUUUUGAAUAUGGAUAUGCCCAACAGUAGUGCGUAGUUCCUGCAGCACUGUAUGGUACAAUAUCCAUUUGCCCAGAGCUUAGGCUACCCAAAAGCACAUGCUUUCGCGAAUCACAGCGCAGCGACCAGGACAGCCGAGCAGCGUGGACAAGUAAACAAGACCCAGAGUCCCACGGAUGAGUUUGUGAAUAAAAAUCUACAAUGACAUGCAGACGACGAAAACAACAUGGACUUUUCGAAACGAGAGAGUUGGAGCGUAUUUUGGAUUCGUGUACGCUGGACUUAACACCAGUCGACGAGGUCUGGCCGAAUUUGUUCAUCGGAAGCGUUGCCAUUGCACAGAAUCUGACUGCGCUGAAGAAGCUGGGCAUCACGCAUGUCCUGAACGCUGCACACACCAAGCAAGGCUGCAUUGGGGACCAGGACUUCUACGGGGACGCGUUCGUUUAUCAUGGCAUCCCAGCCGAUGAUUCCUCAAAGUUCGACUUGAGUGUUUACUUUCAUCCCGCGGCGGAUUUCAUCCACAAAUCUCUGAAGAAGAAAGAUGGUAAAGUGUUUGUACACUGCUUCAUGGGAGUGAGCCGCUCAUCUACGCUAGUGCUGGCUUACCUCAUGUUGAAGCAGCGGCUGAAGUUGCGUUCUGGCGUGGAGACACUCAUCCAGAGGCGGGCCAUCUACCCAAACAGGAACUUCCUGUCACAGUUGCUGGAACUGGAUGCACAGCUGCAGAGGAAGCGCAGACUCUGCCCCAUACUCUGAGUGAUCACAAACGCACACGCAUGCACACGCAUGCACACGCACGCACGCACUCUCACUCUCUCUCUCUCUCUCUUUCUCUCUUAGACUCCUAAAACACACACACACACCAUUUAGGCUACUGUAAGAAUCUAAAAGGAAAUCAUUUACAUUUGCCAAAAUUCUAACUUGUUUGGACAACAUUUGUCUCAAUUCCUAAAUUCACUCAGGUGCUAAAUACACAGCUGUGUCUUCCCAGAGGGACGAUGUGUGUUUGUGUGUGUGUGAGAGAGAGAGGGAGAGGGUCUCAGGAGGGGAUGAGCUCAGCCAGACGGGAGUCACAGCUGGAAAAAAAACAAGGUUUCAAAUAAUGAACAUAACCAAAUGUCCAUUGAAAAGAAGAUAGAAGAGUGAAACACAUCUCAGGGACAGUGUUUAUCUACAUCUGAUCAUAUUUACAAAGAAGAGCUCUAGAAUAGCUAGCAGUCUCGGACUGGGUUAUUGCACGCACAGAUAAUACAAGGGUAGGCCUAUCAUCCUCUUAUCUAACUCUGGGGGAGAUGGUGAACAAGCUUAUUUCCCCUAAAAGUUGGCAUGUUCCUUUCAGGAGGUAAAAUGACAGUAACAGAAACCAUUGGAAGAAUGAUGGACAGGUCUAAAGGCUGGGGAGAGUAUAGGGGAGGAUUUGUGUCUUCAAACCACUCUAAAAAUGGUGAAAUGUCUAAUAAAAUUAUAGAUAGAAUUAUCCUGUAAUACUUAGAUAGAUAGAUAGAUAGAUAGAUAGAUAGAUACUUCAUUGAUCCUGAGGGGGAAAUUCAAGGUGUGAUACUGUUACCUUUUUCAAUAAAACACUUGAUUUA